AUGAUGAAGAUUGGCGGUGGUAUUGAGGAGGUUGAUGAAGCAGUGUUGAUGAAGUUGCAGAGGAAGCAGAAGAUUGAAGAUUUCUUUGGUUUAAUAGAGUUUCGAUUUGACUUUAUUAAGUGUUUGCAAGUGGUGUUUUGCAACCUUGAUGCAAGUUCCUUGGAGAAAAUUGAGCAAUAUUUUUUGGAUGUCAUAAAGCUGAUGUUGGACAUGUCUAGUAGUGCAAGUUCCUUGGAGAAAAUUGAGCAAUAUUUUUUGGAUGUCGUAAAGCUGAUGUUGGACAUGUCUAGUGCCAAGGUCAUGGCAUGGUUUUAG